AUGGCCGUGGCCACCGUCGAAAUAAAACCCAAGGCCUUCUAUGAUGACCGGAAGCCACUUGAAGAACCGCCGGCCAAAGUCGUGACUCCAUGCGAGCCGUUUCCAAGACCUUAUUACAUCGAGAACGGCCUCCGAAGGGUUGCGCCCUAUUUCUUUACAUAUAACACAUUCUGCAAACAACGAUGGCGCGGGCGAGAAUUGCUCGAUAUUUUCGCGGCGGAGUUUCGAGAUCGCACUCGCGAAUAUUACAAGAAUGCCAUCGAGACGGGCCAUAUUGCAGUUAAUGGGAAUCCAUGUACAGACAUCCACACUGUGGUCAAAAACGGAGACGUGAUCUCACAUACUCUGCACAGACACGAGCCUCCCGUCACUGCGCAGCCCAUUCGUAUCAUCCAUGAGACGGACGAGAUGAUAGUGAUUGACAAGCCUGCUGGUGUGCCCGUUCAUCCCGCCGGCCGAUACAACUACAACUCUGUGGUGGAAAUCAUGAAAGCUGAACGAAACUACACCUUCAAACCUUUACCAUGCAACCGAUUGGACCGUCUGACCAGUGGUGUUAUGUUCAUUGCGAAAACAGGCAGGGAGGCCGACAAGCUCAGUGAGGAGCUUCGGGGACGGACAGUGCGUAAAGAGUACGUUGCCAGAGUCAAGGGGAGAUUUCCAGACGGAGAGGGAUGGGACGGUGACCCAAUGCGUGGCGGUGUCGUCAAGUGCGAGGAAAGUAUUCUGUCAAUCAGCCCGAUCCUUGGCCUCAACCGGGCCCGUGCCAGUGGGAAGUCAGCCAAAACACUGUUCCGCCGGUUAGCGUAUUAUCCUCACAAGACAGAAGGGGGAACGGAGACCGGAAAUGUACAGUCAGAUGCCAACGUGGCUCAGCCGGCCCCUGCCAUUCCGGGGACUGAAGAAGAAGGUUACAGCAUUGUUCACUGCCUGCCGUUGACAGGCCGUACGCAUCAGAUCCGCGUACAUUUGCAGUUUCUUGGACAUCCCAUCACCAACGACCCGAUAUACAGCAACAGAUCCGUCUUUGGACCGAGCCUGGCACGGAAUGACUCGAGCGGGGACAAGGACGAGGAGAUUAUUGAGAGACUCAAAAGGGUAGGAAAGACUGAAGUAUCUGAUUCAGUCUCUUACGAACAGGAACGACGGCUGGCGAACGUCGUGGAGCAAACCCAGCAAAUGACUGUUUCGGACGCAGCCAGGUUGGAUGCUUCAGUUCCGUCAUCCACCGCUUCGCAGGAGGAUCCCCAUUUCAAACCUCUGGCGACGGGUACUUUACAUGCAGGAUCUCUGGGAGCUCCUGGUGAGGACCCAAUGUACAGUCAGGAACAAUACGGAGCCUUCGUGAAGGCUCACGAUGAGAUGGUGGCCGACUACAACAAACGAAAAGGAGAGAAGAUGACAGGAGAGAAAUGUCCCGUUUGCGAUACUCCGCUGUACUCGGAUCCUGGACCGCACGAGCUCGGGAUAUACCUCCAUGCACUUGCCUACUCAGAUGUAGCGGGGACUUGGAGUUACCGCAGUCCUGUGCCGCAAUGGGCUCUACCGCCUGAGGGCAUGGAAGGACCCACGGACAUUGGUAGCUGGGAGUACCGUGGGGACGAAUACUUAGAUAUUGGUGACGAGAGAGAGCAGCAGAAGUUGAGCAACCAAAGGGGAUUGAAGAAGAACAAGGAGUAA